UUUAAUUAAGUGUAUGUAUUAUUAAUAAAUAGUUAAACUAGACAUAAACAAUAGCGAUAUUCGUUGCUUCGGAUCCCUUACUAUGAGAUCUCAUUCGAUAUUGCAUAUAAUUUACAUAUAAUUGUGGUUAAGUCAUUAGUUGAUUGCCGAGGGCAUGUCGGGAACCGCAGUAUCUGAGCGAGCGUCUAGCGAGUAACUCGCUACUGAAUCGGCUUACGCACAGAAAUGAAUACGUAAAUUUCAUAAUAUAGAUGUGAAUGAAAACUAAAAUAUAUUGAAGACAUGUUCGGAUGCAAGUUUCUUCGGUUUUUACAACAUUAAAACUUGUUAAAGGGUCUAACAGAAUUAAUUAACUUACUUGAUGGUCGCCGUCGUAACAAUGAACCCAACUACGAUUUCUCCGAAAUCAUCCUUAGCUAAACUUGUCCUCUAUCCUAAGCCGAAACCCUUUAAAGUAAUGGUCUUGGGACAGUCAGGAGUCGGAAAAUCUGCUCUGGUAGUUAGAUUCAUAACUCGACGCUUCAUUGGCGAAUAUGAUCCCAAUUUAGAAAAGAUCUAUAACUUUCAAACCGUCAUAGAUAACGAGACAGUAUAUUUCGAAAUACUAGAUUCAGCCGGCGAUCCUUAUGAAAGUGAAUACGCCAAUUUAGAGACGAACAUACGUUGGGCUGAGGCGUUUAUAUUAAUGUAUUCGGUGACGGACAAGUGCUCGUUUGACGAGUGCCAUCGUUUGAAAUUUCUCAUCAAUUACAAUAAGAGACGACGUCGAUUGGCUUCCUCCAUGAAGGAUAGCAUACCCGAAACCCCUGUAGUGUUUGUUGGUAACAAGGUGGAUCAACUGGGGGACCGCAUGGUUAGCACAGAGGAAGGGCAGCGUCGGAGCAAAGAAAUAGGAUGCGUUUGUUUCCACGAGAUUUCUGUCAGGGAGAGUAUUGACCAGGUAUGGAAUGUUUUCCGCGACGCUCGUCGUUUCUGGCGUGUCGGCAGCAAGUGGUCCCGGAGAGACGAGGUCCACGCUGCUUUAGCACGACCACUGGCACGCGCCUGCUCAGACACCUGUGAGACAAACCUAAGUACACCACUAUGCAUGCGUUUUACGGAGAUGGAUUUAGAGGGGGGAGCGGAAGCGUGUUUGGUUCGAAGUGACUCCACUUCAUCAUCCGGUCAGUCGGAGAGCAUGGAUGAGUUCCGCGGUCGAGCUAGCACGGACUCUCGUCUCCCACCGAGACCAGAGCGACAAAGACAUCCACCGCCAGCCAGACCCUUACCCCCACCGGUGCGACGUAUGAGCGUCGCCAUGAGAGGAAACAAUAACAGCACGUAUUAAAUAUAAAUAAUGACGAAAAUGUUUAUUCCUUUAGAUAUAAUAGUUGAACAAAACAACAUACUUAUACUCUCAUACGAAAUUAUGACUGAAGGGGGUAGUUUACAUUCGAAAACCGAACUAUGAUGAUUCGAUUUUCGAAUUAAUUUUAUAUUUUUUUUUUAUUUUGUGUAAUUUUAGUUGUAUUUUUUUUAUUUCAUCGAAUUUAUUUUAAAUAUACUACACAAAAUAAAAAAAAAAUCGUUUUUAGUCAUAGAUAAGGAUGUACAAGAUAUAUAUUGGUCUAGUCUUGUUAAGAUUAUAUCCUUUAAAUUUUAUACAUUUAACAUGUAGGUACGUAAUGAGGUUAAAAUUAAAUACUUCUCCCUGACAGCAUUUAACGACUAUUACUCUGUAGUGCCUACGGUAGCUAAAAUAAUGUGAAAAUGUGUCAAUCUUAAUAUAAAGAAAAAAACAUUUAAAAUAUAAUUUCAUUAAGCUAAAAGUAGAUGUUUCGUUACCAUUAGUAAUUAAUUAUUAUACAUUGAUAUAAGAAUUUACCAUAGAGCUUCAUAGAAAUUGUAACAAGAUCUCAGUAGCUUAAACAUUAUGAUAUCAAAGUUUUUGUACGCUAAACCUUUAAUUACCUACUUUUAAUGAUAAAUUCAAUUUCAACAUAAUUUUAUAUUUACGUAUAAAGAUUUUAGAUCAUGCUUUAAUGUGAAACGUCGUAUGCAAAAUGUAAUCUACUCUACAUACAAUUGUAACAAACUAAUAAAACUAACGUCACAUUCAAAAUUUAUUUUCAAUAAACAAGUAGUAAAGGAAA